AUUAAAUAAGUUCUAUUACAUUUUUCUUUUGCACAUAUGUCUUAUUGAAAGCGUUGUUUCACCAAAGUGACUUCAGUCUAAUGCUAAAUAGUGUGCUGCAUUUGAGGACAUACGGAGUUUUAUGCAGUAGAUGGCGUUCGUCUGCCCCGUCUUGCCCGGCCUCUGGCUCAGACUAGUCUACAAGCAUGUGCUGUGGUGGUCUGGAGAAGUAAUUUGGGACCGCUUUUUUCUCGUCUUCAAAAGAUAUUGGAGCGGAGCUGCCUGCCCCAUGAAUCCAACUGUCUCUCAUCACUACGCGUUGACGGCAGUUUGGGAUGGACGUGCCUCGACCGUUUGAGAGCCGUGUCCAGAAAUACUUUAUGGAGUUGACUAAGCAUAAAUGCUGAGACAUAAAUAAUGUUUAACAUCGCCAUAGAUGGAGGAUCAUUUUCCAAGAAUUUGGACGACUUUGAUUCCAUACGCAGUGUGCUAUUGUACAGCGAUCUGGAACCCGAAUGGCUGGACGACGUCCAGGAGAACGGGGAGCUCUUCUACCUGGAGCUGAGCGAGGGUGAGGAGGAGGCCGCGUUGGCCCAGGCCUCCGCCAAUCAGGGGCUCUCCACCAAUCACGUGCGCUUCAGCGAGAAGGAGGCGGAGAUCAUCACGGAGGAGAAGAAGAAGAAGAAGCGGCCCGAGUCGGGGACCAAAGGGGAGCACGGCCUCAAGAGGCUGGCCAGGAUCCUGAGGAGGACCAGGCGGCCCUCCCAGCGCCGGGGGAAAGACGGCGACGGGAGAGACUCGCACCCGGCGUCCAUCUUGAAGAACCAGGUGGGCCAGAGGUCGGGGGUCACGGUCCGGCAGCAGCACCUGAAAGAGGCCUGCGUCUACCUCAACCCUAAGCGGCUGGGCGGAUCCUCUCCCCCGCCCCCGGAGCGAGGGGGGCUGCUGGAGGCGCUGCUGGGGGUGGUGCACCGCCCCGGCUGGGGCGGGGCGGAGCAGGGGGACGCGGCGCGGGGGCGCGGGGAGGAGAGGAUCGGCGUGCACGGCCUGGUCCCCGGCAGUCCGGCCGUCAGGUGCGGACAGAUACUCAUCGGUGACGUUCUAGUGGCGGUGGAUGACGUUGAAGUGUCCUCAGAGAACAUAGAGAGGGUUCUGUCCUGCAUCCCCGGACCCACACAGGUGAAGCUAACCCUGGAGACGUCCAGCCCAGCGGAGGGGGCUCCCGCAGGCUCCUCCCCCCCCAGGUCCAGGCCCGGCCCCCAGGUCAGCCAGCUGGUGCGGCUCCUCUGGGGGGAGGACGCCACGGAGCUGCAGAUGUCCAUAGGUCACAUCCCUCACAUCGUCAUGUACCUGUCACUCAAACUGGACUCGGACUCCCCCCUGGAGGAGCAGGAGAUCCUGUACCAGUACCCAGCAUCGGAGGCCUCCAGCCAGCUGAAGGGGGUGAGAGGGAUUUUCCUCACCCUGUGUGACAUGCUGGAGAACGUCACUGGGAGCCAGAUAGUCAGUUCCUCUCUUCUGUUGAGAAAGCACCUGGUCCAUGUGGGCUACUGGAAGGAAAGUAACAACCUGCUGGUCAUUGGCCUGCCCGCUGAGAGAGUUCCCUUGCUGUAUCUGCAGACGGUGGUGGGGGGCGUUGUGAGAACUCUCAAAGUCAUGCACGGCUCCUUGGACAGGGCGUUCUGUGAGCCCGACCAUGGCCCCAGGCUGGACCACUUCUUCUGCCUGUUCUUCCAGCAGUUGAUCCAGCCCUCCAGGCUGAGCGACAGCCCCGGGGCCUCCACCCCCGACGUCUCCGCCACGCUCUUCCUCAACGGCCUGCCGGCGGUCCGCUGGCUCACCCUGCCCCCCGAAAUCAAGAUGGAGGUUGAUAGCGUCCUCUCAGACUUUGAAUCGUCUGAUUUUGGAGAAAUGUCAGAGGACUUCUACGGCAUGAGACGUCUGUAUCUGACUCUUGGCUCGUGUCUGUUCUACAAGGGCUACCUGAUAGCCAACCACCUCCCCAAAGAGGACCUGCUGGACGUGUGUCUGUACUGCCAGCACUACUGCCUCCUGCCCCUGGCCGCAGAGCAGCGCGUGGGGCAGCUGGUGGUCUGGAGGGAGGUGUUCCCUCGCCACCGGGCCCAGGACAGGGACCAGUACCACCGGCCGGGCUACCUCCAGGCCCACGGACGAUACUUCCUGCUCAUCGUAGGGCUGAGACACUGUAUGCAGUGUGUGUUGCUGGAGGCGGGGGGCUGUGCCUCCCCAGCCCUGGGUUCCCCUGGUCCUGACUGUGUCUACGUCGACCAGGUCAAGGCCACGCUGCUCCAGCUGGAGGGCCUGGAGGCGGGCAUGGAGGAGCGUCUGGCCACGCCCCCAGCCCCCUGCCUCUCCUGCUCCGAUUGGUUCCUGCCCUCCGCCGCCAGGGAGCGCCUCGACAGCCUGGCCGCCUCGUCCCCGGUCCUCAGCAAGCUGGCGGGCGCCGUCAAGAUGUCCGGGAGUGGCGGCGGCAGGGGGAGGAGCCUGUUCGGGGAGCGGACCCGUAGGCCCAGCCCCCAGAGGAGUCUGUCGGACAGCGGGAGCGAGGGGGGGCAGCCGGAGGGGGGGGCGGGGCCAGGGCUCAGCCCUCACUCCACCCCUGAUUCGGGCAGGAAGCUAGGGGGCAGGAGAGACUCUCUGGGGUCCGGAGGCUCCGACGGGAGCGGAGGAAGCGGGGGCAUCUUCAAGAUCCCCAGGAUGAAGCACCCCAACCCGUUCUACCUGGGCACCCUGAAGAAGAUCCUGACGGAGAGGGAGACGGAGGAGAUGUACAACACUAUGAAGCUGACGUCGGGGGCGGAGAACACCCUGUUCCACUACGUGCUGAUGGAGACGGUGCAGGGCAUCUUCAUCGCCCCCACCCACAGGGAGGUGGCCCAGCUCAGCGGCUCCAUCCACCCUCAGCUCAUCAGGAACUUCCACCACUGCUGCCUGUCCAUACGGGCCGCCUUCCAGCAGAGCCUGCCGCCCCGGGGGCGGCGUGGAGCAGACAGGACUCAGAGAGGCUCGGGGCUGGGCCCGGUGAAGGAGCACGGGGUCCUGUUCCAGUGCAAACCUGAGAACUGGACCGACCAGAAGAGGCCCGCCCCCACCAUGACCUACUGGGUCAUAGGACGGAUGCUUCUAGAACCCGUCCCUCAGGAAUUCUAUGUGUGUUUCCACGAUUCCGUAGCAGAGAUUCCGGUGGAGAUGGCCUUCAGACUGUCCUUCGGCCUGGCCUUGUGACACACACACCACCAUCUUGCCUUAUCUUCUGAUUCCUCCCUCCUCCCAUCCUGUUCCAUCCAGCCUCCAUUUAUGACCACUUACCGUGUGGCUUCUCUAGACCAAGAAUCAUGUGUUGGUUUAAGAUUGAAUACUACGUAUUAUUACUUAGUAAUAAUACUCUCAUACUAGAGAGUAUGUGUGUGUGAAUGAAAAGCCGAUUACUCUGCUUAUACCUCAGAAAAGGCCGAUGAGACACUCCAGGGAAACACAUUCUAAGUGUCACAGAGCUGCUCGCUGAAGGGUGCCUGAUCACAGGAAAUGACUGUUCUAGACUUCCUCCUCCUCCACAUUGCCAUGACAACUGUGGAUUUGUAAAGACAUGGAAAAAGAGGAGCUUGUUUGAUCUUUUUUUAUUUAAAAAUGUACAGUGUUUUGUAUGGGAAUGGGAUUUUGUAAUACUGUAGCGCAUUGGGACUGUUAAUAAAAAGAAAAU